AUGUCGUCACCACCUGGAUAUAAAUAUACAUCAGAGCAUGCAUCGUCCAGUCAAUACAGAAUUUGCUCGCUAUCGAAUUCCUAUAGCUACUGCUACAUGUUAGGCAUGACGUCCGCAUGGCAAAUUACGCUGGUUGGUUUAACUUUACUGAGAUGGUCCUGCUUUGCAUCAAGGGAGAGGAGGGACACAUUCCAUUUGGGACCGCUGGUGAAUAAGAUCGUGCAGCAGCACCUGAAAGGAUGUAAUAUUGUCCUUUUAAGUACAGCGGAUGAUUCACCACUCAUUACCGAAAUAGCAUGGUCAGCGAAGGAGGCCAUGUCUGUCAUUGAAGCUACAUCGAUAAAUACCGCCCAACUCCGUCAAGCAUUGUUGGGAGACUGGAGUACCACCUGCCGGGCACUUGUACUUAACCUGCUAGGCAACAGAAAUCCAAGGGAAUUGAUUGUUGACUCAAGGAAUAACGUCACCGAAGUGACACUGAGACUCCUGGAGUUGGCUGGGUUGUGGAAGAUGCCAGAGACGCGGGUGCUGGUAGUGAACUUGAAAACUGGAUUGGAGGAAAUUCUUCUACACUCUUGCUUCCGCAAUAGUGUCCAUGCCCUUUCCUUUGUUUUCCACGAACUCCCCAUCUUCCAAGACCACGGAUUCUACUCUCAUUUGGAUUCAGACCUUGUUGAUGCGGAGAUGCUUGUUUAUCGUCGUUGUAUGUAUUGCAGUUCCGGCGACCCUUCAGUGGAGCUCAUGUUUCGUACCAAUCUCACAAGCAGCCUUAUUUCAACUCUGCUGUUCCAGAAUAUAUUCACAGAUUCCACAAAGAGCUUAGAAGAACACAGUCUUCGCGUGACAACUCUUUCUUAUUUUCCAUACAUGGACUUCAUCAGAACCAAGAAAGCAGAAAGAGGGAGUCAAGUGAUACCUCGUGAUUCCCUUGAUGCCAGACUCCUAAAAGCAUUUGCAGAGACACUCAACUUUACGUACGAACACUGGGAGGAGCCAAAUAGGUCCUUCGGCGACGAGAAGGAUGGCCACUUCACGGGAAUGAUCGGGGAGCUACAGCGGGAGGAAGCUGAUCUGAGCACAAUUGUGGCACCAACUCCCGGCCGACUAAAGGCUAUUGAUUUUCUCAGACUUUAUCCUUCCGACAUGAUGGUCAUCGUAUCUUUAAAGCCAUCCCUUCUCCCAGCACACUUGGCUGUCAUCAGACCAUUUUCCUACUAUGUUUGGAUAAGCAUCGUGGCAGGUGUGGCUUUGUGGGUGUUUAUUAUGAUAACAUUGCAACACACAUGGAAAACAUUGGCUGGUGUGUCAGUUCCUAGUUUCAGCACCACUCUGUUCUAUAGUUGGGGAGCCCUUCUGGAAAAGCCUCCAGCAGAUCCAUCCAUCAAUAUUUCUGGACAGAUGAUGAUCGGUGUGUGGCUGGUCUUCUGUCUUAUCAUAGGUAGUGCCUUCAGGUCCUCUCUGAUUGCUCACCUUACGAUCAAGGGCAUGUCAAAAACGUUUGAGACAUUACGUGAUUUGGUGGAGGAAAGGAAAUGGAACUGGGGAACAGAACCUUGGCUUUACAAUGGUGCUGCACUUGAAUAUUUUUCGAAACAUCCUGAUCCAGUUGUGAAAAAGAUUCAUUCGGAAAUGAAAGUGUUGGUAGCUGAUGCAGCCCUUGAGAAGGUAAUGAGUGGAAAGUUUUCGUUCAUUAUUGUAAAAAAUUACAUAAGUGUCGUCCUCGCCAACCGCUACACUGACAAACAAGGGCAUACGCCAUUUUACAUUAGCAAGGGAGGCUUCUACUUUUUGGCAAGCUUUGGCUGGGCGUUCAGGAAAGGAGCACCGUAUUACGGUCACUUCCAGCAGCUGAUGCAUCGCCUUGAGGAUGCUGGAAUCAUCAGUCAAUGGACCAGCGAGGUUGUAGAGCAACGCGUGAGAGAAAACAGAGCAGUAGCACCUCUGUACCAGAACACCAAACUAAGAUACAGUGAGAAAGGAGCGUACGCUGACGAAGUGCUGGGAAUGGAUCACUUACAGGGAGCCUUUUAUCUACUAUUUUUAGGUUCGUGUGUUGCCUUCGUGAUCCUGGUCAUCGAAAAUGUCAUGGAACUUAAUAAUAGAUUCAUGGUAACCCAUAACGGAAAACAACCGCGGGGGAAGCGGGAGUCACAUGCUGAAACUGAAUAAUUACCGAAAAAAAAACAAAUAAAUAAAUAAGUAAGUAAAUAAAAAAAAAUAAAAAUAAAGGAAUAAACUAACUAACUAAAUAAAUAAAUAAAUAUAUGACGUAAAAAAAUUCUGUAAAUGCCCAUAUUAUAUCAUCACUGACAUGGCAGUAAAUCUUGUUUUAAGAUGGCGCAAAAUGUUUGUUAAACUAUCGUUUUUUUUGGGGGGGUUCAAAUACACAACAUGAAAUAACCUAUAAUACACUGUUAUUAUAUAUGUAGGCCUUGUAUAUUUAAGUCAAUCAUAAAUAUUAGCACUGAACUUUGGUGGUUAAAUGAUUGUUGAUAGCAAAUGUAAGAUUACAUUCACAGUAGCAAAAAUGCUGCGUGUCCCCGUACUAACCCCCUUAAAUAUACUAAUGACAUUG